GCAACUAGACUGAAAGAGGGAAGAUGAAGUUGGAAGUGGAUCCAGGAGUAUCCAUGGAUGGAGAAAUGGAUUGAUUGGGUUUGAUGGAUGGAUGUUCAGUCUGGAAAAGGAAAUCGAUGCCAAUGCCUGGGUGCCUGGGUGCCUGGGUGCCUGCACGCCUGCAUGCCUGCAUGCCUGCAGCAGGCUCGCCCCUCCGUGUCUGCCCCAGGCACCCACAUCUGAUUAUCGAGAUUUUCCCCUCCUUCUUUCUCCACCAUUUUUUCGGUCGCCAUACUUCUGUCUCCGGCAUUCAUGGAUCACAACUCUCCUUCCAAUUUAUAACAUCCGGUAUUGUGUUGCAUGAAGAGGACUACGUCUAUCCAUCUAUCCACCCUUCUUCACCCUUUCCCCUUCUCGUCCGGUCGAAUUUCCGCCGUCUCCACCGACCCCGCCGUCGUCCAUCACCAUGUCUCCCACCCCCGAUCCUACCAAUUUUGACUCGGCUCGCGAGGCGGUCCUGGUGCCGUCCGAUGCGCCGCCUGAGGAUGCCCGGGAAGUCAAGGGCGUCGACUUUGAACAGUAUCAGGGUCGUGACAUCACCGUGGCGGAGCUGGUGGACAACAUGGAGUUCAUGGGGUUCCAGGGCAGUGCCGUCGCCGAGGCCACCCGCAUUGUCAACGAGAUGGUAGGGAAUGGCGUCCUCGUCCAUUCUUCGUCAGGAAGAAUGAUUGGCUAACUGCUGUUGUGCUCGUGAUUAGCGCGCCUAUCGACACCCUGAAACGGGCGAAAAGACGACCAUCUUCCUCGGUUACACCU